UUAUUUUAAAGUUUCCGUUGAAAGCUUCGUUCUCUAAGUUGUGUUGUAUUCCCCGUUUCAGAUCUAACCACAUUGCUACAGACGCAUUCCUACGCCCAAUUACACGAAAAUUCCCGUCUCUGUCGGUGCUACGGUGACGGAAAAUGGGCGGAGUGCCAUCAACGCCGCGAUUAGGCGGCGGAGCGCGCCCUCAAGCUACGGCGGAGUACUUAAUUGGAGAGUUCGUCGGGGAAAAGUCAUUUCCCCUCGCUUCCGAUUACUGGCAGAAGCUUCUGGAGCUUCCUCUCGACCUACGCUGGCAGGCUCAUCGCGUUCGCCAAGCUUGCCAGUUACUUGCCAUGAAUAAUUAUAAAACCAGGCAUCUAGCGAAGAUUUUGAUUCACCUAGCAUGGUGCUUGCAAGAGUGUGUUUCUACAUCUGAUGGCGCAUCUCUUGCUUUCCCAAAAGCUAUUAAUGGGUUAAUUGUAUCAUCUGUCUUUCUGAAGUAUCUGAUUGAGAAUUCUAAGAGCGACAACUUUGAGGAACUGUACUUAUCUCUGGAUGAAACCGAGUCUAUUCCAAAUAACUUCUCAAAAGCAGGUCAACGUAUUGAAGAUCUCAUCAUGUUCAGUGCACUUAGCUUUAUUGGCAAAGUUGAUGUUAGCCCUCAGACGCAUCUUCUGCAUCAAGAGCUUCUUAACUUCCUACUAAUAGCCAUGUCAACACAGCUUCUCUCGGGGCCAGUACCAGGUCCAAGUGAUGUACAUCCUUUCAUAGAUGCAGCAAUGGGCCAGGAAAGCACACUGAUUAAUCUGGUUGUGUGCAAGUUAGUACUCAACUACAUGCAGUUUCCCUUAAAUACUUUGCCUUCUACAAUAAUCUCUGAAGGAGAUCAGCUUGGUGUUCUUAAAAGAGUUAGUUUUGUAGCAGCAAACUGGGUAUUGCUGCCCUUUAACUACUUAGUCAGCUCAGCUGGUGAAGCUUCAAAGAGUCGAUUAUCAGAAACAAGUCUUAUUGUUUUGCUGAUUCUUAGUUAUUACUAUAGAUGUAUUUCAGUGGAAGGUAUCAAGGAUAAAAGUAACAACACCAGUUCAGAGUCUUUCCCAAAAGAAGAAGCAUGUUUUUCUGAAAACCCUUUUCGGAAAGCUGUAGAAAAUGCUCGAGAUGUUGAAUUUGAUCGCGUUGACAUUGAGGGAAAUGCACACAGUGGUCCUCUUGUGCGGUUACCAUUUGCUUCUCUUUUUGAUACACUCGGAAUGUGCUUGGCCAAUGAAACCUCUGUUCUGUUGCUUUAUUCCCUGGUGCAUGGAAAUUCAGAUUUUCUGGAAUACGUAUUGGUGCGAACAGAUUUAGAUACAUUGUUGAUGCCCAUGUUGGAGACACUGUAUAAUGCCUCGAGUAGGACAUCCAAUCAUAUUUAUAUGGUGCUUGUUAUCUUUCUCAUACUGAGCCAAGAUUCUUCUUUCAACUCCAGCAUUCAUAAACUGAUGCUUCCCAACAUUCCAUGGUAUCAAGAACGCCGCCUUAAUCAGACUUCUCUAGGUUCCCUCAUGGUGAUUAUUUUAAUUAGAACAGUGAAGUACAAUCUCUCUAAGCUGCGGGAUGUCUAUCUACAUACAAAUUGUCUUGCGAUUUUGGCAAAUAUGGCACCGCAUGUUUAUAGGCUGAGUUCAUAUGCAGCACAGCGGUUGGUUAGCCUUUUUGAUAUGCUUGCGCGCAAGUACAAUAAAUUAGCGGAGAUUAAAAACGACAACAUGAAUGCACCAGAUGGCGAUCUAAGAGGAGACAACCUUCCGGAGGACCCUACAGCCGAACUGCAUAUCUAUACUGAUUUCUUGAGGCUCGUUCUGGAGAUAAUAAAUGCAAUUCUAACUUACGCAUUGCCACGGAACCCAGAGGUUGUUUAUGCAAUUAUGCACCGACAAGAAGUUUUUCUACCUUUCAAAAACCAUCCACGUUUUAAUGAGCUGUUGGACAACAUAUUUUUGGUUUUGGAUUUCUUCAAUAGCCGAAUCGAUGCGCAGAAAAUGGAUGGAGAGUGGUCGGUAGAGAAAGUACUUGACGUCAUUAUCAACAACUGUCGAUCGUGGAGAGGCGAGGGGAUGAAGAUGUUUACUCAACUACGGUUCACCUACGAACAAGAGAACCAUCCCGAGGAAUUCUUCGUCCCAUACGUGUGGCGUUUGGUACUGUCUCACAGUGGCUUAACUUUCAAUCCAAGCAGCAUAAAUCUAUUCCCAGUGCCGGUAGAUGAUUUGAAUGAAGAGGAGGAGGAGACGGAGAAGAUCCCAAAUGUACAACUGAAGGAUCCUGCACUACAAUUAGACGCCCCCGUGUAGCGCGCCGAUCGAGUUCGCUGUACAUACAUACAUACAAACGUACGUAUCUACACAUACACACCUGAAAAUUUAACAAAUUAUCAAAUUCGUUCAUAUGUUUUUGUUUAUAUGUGUGACGAGUAUAUAUGAAAGGUCUGAUUUUUAAUUGAACUUUAUCAAUGUAACAUUUUUUAAUU